AUGCCUACAUAUAUAUGUCAGAGAUGCAAACUACCUCUUAGCGUCGACCAAUCGCUUGAAGGACUUAGCAAUGCACAGAAGCGGUUGUUGACUACCAAUUAUUCGCCUCGACCGAAAAGUAGUUUAAUGGGAGAUUUGAAGGCUGGUACCGAGUCUCUAGACACAGAUGAUUCAACCGAUGCUUCCCUUAUUCCGCCAACGAUGAUUGUUCCCGAAGCUCGGAAGAAAACGUUUCGAGAGGCCUUAGAUUCGAGUGGGGGGAAGCCGUUGAUUGGCAAUCGAGGGGGAAUUGGCAAUGGCAGUAAUCACGGCAAAGUUGAUGAUGGAUCAUUUGUGAUGCUAGAUGAGGACAAAGAAGGUAAGGAGAAAAAAGAUACGGGGGAAAAAGGAAAGGCCACUCCUAUUCCUGUGAGUGAUACAGUUUCCACAUUGAGUAACGUAUUCAAUAUCGUCUCUUCAAAGUAUGAGAUGGAUUAUCCUGUAUGCAAUGAUUGUGCACAUACACUUAUUGAAGAGAUGAGCAAGAGAUGCGAUCAAAUGACCAAGGAAAAGGACACCUAUGUUCAAUUUCUCAAGAAAUUGAAUGCUCAGAAUGGUCCGAAUCGAGAAAGAUGUACGAAAUCAUUACAAGAACUCGACAAGUUGAAGGCCGAAGAGGCAGAAACAUUACAACAGUUGGAACAAGCUGAAAAGGAGAACUCUGAUUUGAAACAUGAGCUUCAAGAGGUUCAAGAACAACUAUCAGAGUUGAGCAUCGAAGAACAGAAGCACUAUUUGAAAGAGAAUUUGUACGAACAUGAACUUACACAGCGUGUGAGCGAAUUGAAUAGGGUGAAAUCAUUAUACGAAUCAAAUAUGGAUCAAUUGGAUGCUCUAAGAGGAAUUAAUGUAUUUGAUGAUACCUUCAAUAUUUCUACACAAGGACUUUUUGGAACCAUCAAUGGACUCAGGCUAGGUAGUCUUGAUGAUGUCAAAGUGUCUUGGCAUGAGAUAAAUGCUGCCUUAGGUCAAUUGGUAUUACUAUUAUCUGUUUGCUUACGCAUAUUGAAAUUAGAGAUCCCAGAAUACGUGCUCAUUCCAAUGGGAUCGACUUCGAAGAUUGAGAAAAUCGAGAGAACACAGAGAAAUACGGAUUCCAGAAAGACAGUACUCGAUCUAUUCAGCAUGGGAGAAUUUUCUAUAGGAAAUAUCUUCACCCAUAAUAAGUUGGAUGCAGGGAUGGUAGCAUUGGUUGAUGUUAUACGUAAAAUAGCAGCGGAGCUUAAGAGCAUCGACUCAAACAACGAACUCCCAUUCAAGAUGACCAAAGAUAAAGUGGCAGGCUACAACAUAAGUCCUUCUGCAAGAGCAUCUAAUAAAGAAUGGACGGCUGCUUGCAAAUAUCUACUUACAAAUACAAAGUGGAUAUUGACGUUCACCGCCGGAGUUUAUCAGGAUCAGUCCUCAGAUGGCUCUGCGGCUGCCUAA